AUGAGGAGAUCGGUGUUCCCGCUCGAGGUCGCGCUCCUGCUGGCCGCGGCGGCCACGCUCCCCGCGCCGCCGCGUGCCGAGUGGGCGCCCGUCCCGGACGUGAACGACCUGGUAAUCAGGCAGGUGGGGCAGUUCGCCGUGCUCGUGUACGGCCUGGCGCACCGCAAGGACCUGGCGUUCCUAGGCGUGGUGUGCGCCCAGACGCAGGAGGCCGUCGGCGGCGGCACCAACUAUCGCCUCGUCGUGGCGGCGGCCAAGCCUGGCGACGGCGGGAGAGCCGCCGAGUACGACUGCCUGAUCUCGCGCGGGCGGGGGCAGAAGCUGCGGUGGCACGGCGGGCGGCUGCGAGAGAGGCGUGCGCCUGGAGGGAGCAGCAGCGACCGGAGUUGCAGAGCUGAGUCCCUCCCUUCGCUCUCCUACUCGCCUCCCCCUUCCCUUCAACCUCUUCGCCUUCCUCCGUCACCCCUCUCCAACAGCGCUCCUCCCGCUCCCCGCCGUCGUCUCUUGCUCCCGCGGGAUCCAGAUCCGGUGCGGAGCGCGGCUCGGAGGGGGAGGAGGCGAGAUCUGCGAUGGCCUGGCAGUCCGGGAGCUGUGCGGCGCCGCCGCACGACCCCUCGCCGCGACCACCUCUACAACCCCGACGACCGUGCGCCUCUCCGGGCGAUGCUUGCGCUCAAGCGCCACCCGCGCGUCGAAGCCAACGUCAGCCGCAUCGAGGAGGUCGAGGAGCCGCUUGACCCCGCCCUCGCCCUCGCCUGCGCCAACGAUCCCGCGGGACUCAGCGGGGUUGACUCCCCGAUUGUCCGCCUUGUCACCGGCGAGGACGGCGUCGGAGAGGUCGCCACGCCCUUCAUCUGCAUCGGCGGGUUCCAGCAGACGCGCGCCGUCUACGAGCUCGAGGAUGGCGGCCUCGUGCUGGAGUUUGAUGAGACGCGGUUCGACUUCGGGACCAGCUACAAGCUCGAGUGCGAGGCCUAGCCUGACCGGGGCAAGGAGGUGCUGGAGCGCCUUCUCACGGUGGCCGCCGUGCUGUUGUUCGCUAGGGGCGUGCGGAAGAUGGAGAGGGCACUGCCGGCUGCGACGCUGCGGGAGAAGCUACCCAGUGUCUCUGAAGCGAAGCUUCCAGAGUAUCCACAAAAGACUGAAGUAUUGCAUGUACAUUUGCAGGGAGGGUCGUGAACACGAGCAGCAGGAUUUAAACCUUUUCAGAAAGCUUUGAAUGUUCUCAAACAACUGGUUACACCAAGUGGUAGAGGCACUACUGUGGAUGAGACCACACCACAUGAGCGAGUAGAAAUGACUUUGUGCCCACUAGAAGCAAGCCCAUGCCAGUCAAUGCUUCCUCUACACCUAUGGAGUUAACAGCAGCAAGAUAGGACAGUAACGAUGCUCUUACGCCUAAGGUUGCUAAUCCUAAAAUCAACAUGGAUACUCCUGAUGGUUCUGCAAUAAAGACACAUAAGAGCACUACAUAGAAGAGUUCAUCGGGUGUUUGAUGAUUGAGAUGCCCAACAAGACUCCUGAUGCAUAGAACAUGUUAUUUAUAACUGAUGAUGUUUUUUGUUAACAUAUGUUAUGAUUUCGUGAUACAUUUUUUUUAGAUAUGUAUCUGCGCAUAAAAUAGAUAGAACAAGCGAUUGUUGCCUUCCAUUGAUUUACGUAAAUUCAGCUGUCUAAUACUUA